AAGACACAAGUAUCCCAUUGUCCGAAGGGAAAAUAUUUAGACUCUUCCUUACUCGGUAAGUUUUCCAUGGCGAAUCGGUCCGGAUCACAAUCUUCUGUCGUCAUAACCAUGAAGGUGACCACCACGCCGGCGGCACAUUUAGCUUUCACCAACUUGGCCUACUGCUCACCCUCUGAUCUCUCUCAGUUCGCUGUUCCUGGCUCCGAUCUCUUCCUCGCCAACGUCGCUGACGUCUUCACUUUGUCCUUGUCUGGACACGAGAGCAUCCAAGAUGGAACUAUUGCUCUUAAUCUUGUUCAACGUAGACAUGCUAGAGUUUCUGCUGAUGACAUGGUUACCAUCACCAGAUUUGUUCCUCCUGAAAAAUUUGACCUAGCUUUGCUAGCACUUGAGUUAGAAUUUGUGAAGAAGGGUACUAAAACCGAACAGGUAACUCAUUUUUUUACAGCUCUUGUGAUCUGUGAACAUGUAUGUAUGAUGGAUAUUACUCUUCAGGUUGAUGCUGUGGUCCUUUCAACCCAGCUCAAGAAGAAGUUCAUGUAUCAGGUCUUCACAGUAGGACAGAGAGUUACAUUUGAGUUUCAUGGAACUAAUUACAUUCUUACCGUCGACCGAGCGGUUGUAGAGGCUGAUUGGAACCAAACAAAUGGUAUCGAAAGAGGGAUGAUCUGUAACGAUACAUAUUUUGUGUUUGAAGCAUCAAACGCAAGUGGUAUAAAGAUUAUGAACCAACGAGAGGCUGCUACUAGGAAAAUAUUUAAAGAAAAAGAGUUCAACCUUGGGUCUCUGGGCAUUGGUGGCUUAAAUGCAAAGUUCGAUGAAAUAUUCCGAAGAGCAUUUGCUUAUCGUACAUAUCCUCCUCAUCUCAGGAACAGACUUGGGGCAAAGCACGUUAAAGGGGUUCUUCUUUUUGGACCCCCCGGUACUGGCAAGACCUUGAUGGCUCGCCAAAUUGGAAAAAUGCUAAAUGGAAAGGAGCCCAAGAUUGUGAAUGGUCCUGAGGUGCUAAGCAAGUUUGUGGGUGAGUCAGAAAAGAAUGUCAGAGACCUGUUUGCUGAUGCUGAGAAUGACCAGAGAACCCUUGGUGAUGAUAGUGAGCUCCAUGUCAUUAUUUUCGAUGAAAUCGAUGCAAUUUGUAAGUCAAGAGGAUCAAGCAGCGAUGGUACAGGUGUCCAUGACAGUAUUGUCAACCAGCUUCUGACAAAGAUAGAUGGCGUGGAGGCCUUGAACAAUGUCUUACUUAUUGGAAUGACAAACCGGAAGGAUAUGCUUGAUGAAGCUCUUCUAAGGUCUGGAAGGUUAGAAGUUCAUAUUGAGAUUGGCCUCCCUGACGAAGCUGGACGUGUAGAAAUUCUUCAUAUUCAUACCAAAACGAUGAGGGAAAAUUCUUUCCUUGCUCCUGAUGUUAAUCUCCAAGAGCUUGCUGCUCAGACGAAGAACUAUAGUGGUGCUGAGCUUGAAGGUGUUGUGAAAAGUGCAACAUCAUAUGCUUUGAACAGACAUCUGAAAAUCGAAGAUCUUUCCAAACCAGUGGAUGAAGAGAAUAUUAAAAUUACUAUGGAGGAUUUUCUUCAAGCAUUACGUGAAGUUAAGCCUGCAUUUGGAGCCUCUCCUGAGGCCCUUCAAAAUUGCAGACCCAAGGGAUUCGUGGACUGUGGUGAUCGGCAAAAUCUCAUCUACCAAAGAAUCAUGUUUCUUGUUGAGCAAGUUUCCAACGAAACAAGUCCUCCAGUCACUUGUCUUCUUGAGGGACCUAGUGGAAGUGGGAAAACUGCUUUAGCUGCGACCAUUGGCAUAGACAGUAACUUCCCAUAUGUUAAAAUAGUCUCAGCAGAGACCAUGGCUGGUCUUCAGGAAAGCACGAAAGCUGCGCGCAUUGCUAAGGUCUUUGAGGAUGCAUACAAUUCACCAUUAAGUAUUGUUAUCCUUGACAAUAUUGAAAGGUUGUUGGAAUACUCAGAAAUUGGACCACGAUUUUCAAACACGAUCUUUCAAACAUUAUUAAUAUAUCUCAACAGGCUUCCAAAAGAGGGGAGCAAACUUCUUAUACUUGCUACAACAAGUGAAAUAACUUUCUUGAAAGCUGUUGGUUUGCGUAAAGCUUUUUCUGUCACAUAUUCUGUUCCUUUACUUAGGACAGAGGAUGUCAAGAAGGUGCUAGAGCAACUAAACGUGUUCUCAAAUGAUGAUAUGGAAGAAGCUUCCAAAGCCCUUAAUGAUAUUCCAAUCAAGAAGCUGUACUUUCUUAUCGAGAUGGCAGCACAAAGAGAUGGCAGGUCUAAAGAGACUAUCUACACCAGAAAGGAGAAAUUGGACCUCACUCAUUUCUUUGAUUGCCUUGAGGAAGUUACAGAAAAUUAGAAUACAGUAGUUAAGUUAAGACAUUCAUAUUGAUGUUGCGUAAUCAAAUUGGUUCAGUUUCGUAUCGGAAUAUUAAACUCUAGUAGAUAGUUUUCGGCGCUACGCGCGGAUAAUUAUUUUUAUAUUUUACUAUUAAUUUUGUUGCGUGAAUAUAAAAUAUUAUAGAAUAUAGUUGUGUUCUUAAACUAUUAAAAUUAUAUGUUAUGAUAUAAAAUGGGAGACUUUCUCUGA